GUUAGCAGGGCUGCCCCGGUGUAGAAAAUAAGCAGACCUUCCUUCCCCGACGCAUGCGCAGUGGCGUUCACAAUGUGGCAGCGCGUCGCGCGACCUUUCCAACGGUUGAGUCGGCGACACUGCGAUUUGAUCUCUGAAGCAGUGUGUGUCCGGCAGUUGUGCAGCAGCAGCAGUGAGUUUACAGACGGCAGCUAUGAUGGGCUGUAUCCCGGACACAUCCCCACCACCCCCACCCAGAAAGCCCUGCUGGCCGUUGGGUCAGGUGUGGCUGCACUGCAGGACCCCUACAGACACGACAUGGUUGCGGUGCUCGGAGAGACAACAGGACACAUGGCGUUGGUAAAUCUCCGGGACAGGAUGAGAAAUGAUCCUGAAGGCUACACUAUCCUAACAGAACGGCCCAGGAUCCGACUGUCCACACUUGAUCUGAGCAAGAUGGCCUCGCUGCCUGACGGCUCUUUUGGGAGAGAAUACCUCCGUUUUCUGGAGGACAAUCACGUGACCCCCGACUCCAGGGCAGACGUGAAGUUUGUGGACAACGAGGAGCUGGCUUACGUCAUGCAGAGAUACAGAGAGGUCCACGAUCUGUUGCACACCUUACUGGGCAUGCCCACGAACAUGCUGGGUGAAGUGGCAGUGAAAUGGUUCGAAGCGGCUCAGACGGGGCUUCCCAUGUGUGCCCUUGGAGCUUUGUUGGGGCCACUUCGACUAAAUACAAGCCGCUUACAGACGCUGUUCACGUCUUUGGGGCCCUGGGCCCUGCAGAACGGGUGGCAGGCCCGCUGCGUCCUCAGCAUCUUCUACGAGAGGCGAUGGGAGCAGAGCGUCGAAGAGCUCCGACAAGAGCUCAACAUCGACCCGCCGCCCGUCAUACCGAGUGCAUCCAAAAAGAGGAGCACGUGAGAAAGAGCACUGGUUCGGGAAUCAACAGACGAAAGCGGGGAAACCAUAAAUAUUCAAAGUGUGACACUGUGGAAGUUUUAGAAUUAGUGACUGAGGAAAUGGGGAAAUUUCACAUUUGGCAAACGUUGGCUUGUUCCUUCUUACAUCUUAAUUUUAUCUUGCUUGGUCCUAAAUCAUUUUGAUUGACAUUAUUCUAAAUGUUUCUGAUCAUCUGAUUUGGUUCAACAGGCCGUGUUCAGACGCCAUCUGUUAGUGAAGAUGUGUUUUGAUUUAAGCUUAAAGAUAAAUUUAAAAACGAAAUCUUGUCUGUAAUUAUGUCCUUCCCCAAUGACUGUAAUCAGCUUUGAAAUGCAACAUUGGUAUUGGUACAGUUUUAAAAUUUUAAUGCCAAUAUUUGGCCAGAUGCAAAAUAGGUAACUUUGUGUCUAUUUUCUUAUUUAACCCACUCAUGUCAUAUUACUGAGAAACAGUAUGUGCACCUGCAGUUGUACAAACAUUAAUGGGUGCAGCAGGAAAGGAGCAGAUGCUUCUGUUAUCUUUUGAGUUGUCACAUACUGAACUGUGAAUACAUUGUUCCAUUUUACAGGAAUAAUCUGUUGAAAUUGAGUUGGUCAACAGGAGCAUUAACAAUAUUUCUAAAAGAAGUGCAAAAACAAUUUCAGGUGUUUUAAAUCUUGAGAUAAUAAAUCACAGCUCAGUAAAUGUGAAUCACACAUUUGUUGAGCCUGUCUUUUCUUUUCUUUUCUUUUAACCCAUAUUGAAGGACAUGUGAUAUAUUAACACCCAUAAUGUGUUUCACACCAAAUAAAGGAUCUAUCACAUUUGGCAA